CUUCCGGCCCUAGGUUAGACAGAGAGUAGAGUAGGCGCUGGUGAAAAGGGCGGGCCGUCGCUAUAAACGAUCCGGCAGGCAACACUUCCGCUCCUUUCCCAAAACGAUUUUAUUUUUUUGAAGGAUGAUCCCGAUUGCUUUGCUCCUUCUCGUAUUUGGUUUCUUUUUUUUCCUCUUCGGCGAAAUGGUCGUUUUGUCGAGCUCCAAGUAGUAAAAGGGUUGCUUCGAAGAGCCUUUUUCUCAAUAGGGACCAGGAUGGAUGGAUGGAAUGAUAUGUAACCUAUAAUACCCGUCUUUGCUAAUGAAAUGCAUUCUCUUAUGUCGUUUCCAGGCUUGAAAUUGCCGUAGCUGAUAUGGCUGAGGGAGACUCUGGACGUGCGGCUGCCUUUUAUUUCCCCUUCCACCCCCAAGCGAUGUCCCACUACAAGCGAUCCAGAUAAAACACUUGAUCAGCUGUUGCUGCAUUGGUAGAAAUGCCUAGUGAUGGGGAAAAGUUUUGCUCAGCUGCAUAAGCCACAACAACAAAAAAGCGUAGAGACUUCAGGGGCAGAGGUUCUAUAAAUAAGCUUCUGUUGACAGUAUUCAUAUCCACAGGAUCCAAAUUGUGAGAGAUCAUUUAACUAUGACUUAGUUUGGGGGGGGGGAGCUUUCUCUAUUAAUGAAAGGAGAUCAGGUGACCCUGGCUUUGUGAUCAAAUUGAGUUUGUUGACUUGCAGCCAAUAUUUAACCAGGAUACUUCGAUUGUUUCAGCAAUGACCAUUGGCCCUGUUUAUUAUUGACGAGAAUGUAGGGUUGUUUUUUUUACCGCUAAUACAUCUAUAAGCUUUCUUUCAUGAAAUGAUGCCCAGCUUUUGAUAUUUUUACAAACAUAGCUGGGGUUGGUUGAUUGUUGCUGAUUUAACAUUUGCACUUGAUAAUGUAGACUGGAAAGAGGGUAAACUUAAAUCAUGGAGGGGAAAAAGAAGACUGUUGCCCCUGAUGGAAAAAGAGCGAUCACGUGGGAAAUCUCGGAUUCUGAAGAAGACAGUGAUGUUAAACCAGAAUCCUCAACAGCUUUUGCCACUUAUUCAGAUGCUGGAGCUCGGGGCUGCUCAGAGAAACAAAAAUUAGAGCUGGGCAUGGUUCUCCUCGAGGCAAAAGCAGUUUCUUCGCUUGUACCAUUGACACAAACCGUAUCCUGUGAUUCAAGGCCAGAGAAAAAAAAGAAAAAGCAGUCCCUGGACAAAAACAAGAUGGCCCAGAUAAAAACAGAAGAAAAAAAGAAGAGCAUGCAUAAAAAAGAAGAGAAAAUGAAGAUAAAACAGCAGAUUGCAGCUGAAAAAGAGAGACGUAAAGAAGAAGCAGCUGCCUUGAAAUUCCUUCGGCCUGAUCAGUGCAUGAAGCAAAUGAUUGUCUGUUUGGAUUCAGGUCUUCUAGAGCACCCUGGCUCUGAUAUCUUGCUGGAAGUUUUGGAUACUUUGGACUGUAAAUACCAUAUUGAGCAUCAGAUCAUUCCACACAGCAUAACCUGGAAGAGAAAAGUCUUCAGCGGUACGUCUGGUUCCGACAAUUGUCAGGAAGAGACUGCAAUGGAAAGGGAGGUCCUGCUAGUGAUGCAGCCUUCAUACUUCCUCAGACAGCUUUCAUCAAUGCAGAAUUCAAGUCCUGAUGGCCAGCAGUGUGCAGCAGAUCUUAUUCAUCUGUGUCCCUUUCACCAUUUGGAAGAUCCUUCUACAGUAUCUUUCAGCGUGGUUGUUAUUGGACUAGACACCUACCAAUGGUAUCAUCAGCUUCCGCAAGAAGAACCAGUCACUGGACUAAAGAAUGAAACAUUACAGCUUGGUCCAGAGCAAUUCAUGACACGGCAUCAAAUUGAAGAGGCUCUGGUGGUGUUGCAACUCCGGGAUAACAUAAAUGUCCUAUUUCUGGAAAGGUGGCAGGAAUUGGCCCAGCAUGUUUCUGCGGUGACCAGAGCUAUAGCACAGCGUCCUUAUAAGAAACAUCAGGAAAAGCAGCCUUUCUCCUUCUGUGCCAAAGGCAAGUGGGCUAGUGGUGUGCACAUUGGCAAGGACGGGAAAGGGCUCCAAGAGACCUGGCUGAAACAGAUCCAGCAGUUCAAUCGAGUCAGUCCAGCUAUGGCAACAGCUAUUGCUCAAGCCUACCCUUCGCCAAAUCUACUGCUGCGGGCCUACCAAGAAUGUAAUACAGAGGCAGAGAGACGACUUCUUCUCAGCAACCUCCAAGUCAGAACUGAGGACAAUAAAACGGAGAGACGGAUUGGCCCAGACCUGUCUCGCCGGGUCUACCUUUUCAUGGUAUCUACAAAUCCAGAGCUUGUCCUAGAUUUAAGUUGUUGAAGCCCCUUGUAGUGCUGUUCUGACCACUGGGUCAUAGCUCCUUAGCCUUAAAGUUUACUGCCAAAGCUACAAGAUUUGUUGCAGAAACAGAGUUUGUCAAAAUCAAUAAAUGUCUUUGUGCACAAAUGCUAUCAACGAGCCUAUCUUGACGGUGGGGAUUUUUUAAAUUUCCAUCCUUCUGCCGAAUAAUUAUUAUAUAUCAUGCUGUUUGUUUGGCAUAUUUUUUUGUGUUCAUGCAUUAAAACAUAAUGUGACUUGGUGGUUGUAUGUUUGAGAGAACCUAGCUUAAAUAUAAAAGUGUCUAUAGGUAUUUUAACUGCAGCAUACCUUAUUUUUUUAAAAAGGAACACCGAAUCCCUUAUUUUAGUGCAAUCUUAAUCCAGUUAAGUAAUCAAUUCCGUGAAACGAAAGCUCUGUAUUUUGCUUUCAUUUAAUCAGACGACACCAGGAAGUCAGAAGGGAAUCUAUUAUACUGCCAAAUCAGUGAUUAAAUCCAGAAAUUAAUACUAAUCCAUGAUUUAUUACAAAACGAUGCAGCUUUGUUCCCUUCAUACACCUCCUUUCACAAUGGACCAUACUUUAUCAUUUGUAUUAAGCAUAGGAGAAACUGAAGGGAAUGUAAUUGCCCUUGUGCUUAUCCAUACAUUAAAAAUAUCAAGAGAGCCUUUCCUGGCUACCCACAUGGCUACCCACAUAAGUAAUCAUUAGGGAAAAGACCAUACCAAUACAGGCUUUUGAAACUGCAAAAUGCCCCGCCAGUACGUAUCCUUGCAGUUAGUUUUUAAUGACAUAGAUUAAAGGAAGAAUUUGAAUAUUUAAACUUACCUCCCCAGGAAAUAUACAUGGGAUGUGAAUACCUUUAAAUAAGUAAAUUACAGCUGGCUGUGAAAAGAGGAAAUGUAGGACUCAAGAUCCAGAAGAAAGCAGGAGCAUCCAGAGUUGAGGUUCAU